UGCCUGCCCCAGAAAGCCUUCCCCUGCCUGGAGGACAGGGACAUCCGGGACAGAUUCCUCAAAUGGUCCAUGCAAGGCAGGAUCACAGCACAAGCGUUCGGUUUUGACCAGCAGUUUAAGCCCUAUCAAAAGGAUGAAUUUGUUAUGGCAUUUUUUAAUGACCAAAAUGUGAACUCCAGUUUGAAAUUGCUCUCAGCUUCAGGACAAUGGACAACAUUGGAUUCCAAAGUGACAAAAAUUGAAGCUAUGGUGGUACCCUGUACACAGAUUUCCAUGUCAUUUUUUGAUCGGCUAUACUCUGAAGGAAUUGUUAGAGAAACUGGAGAUAUUGUGAAAUGUUAUGAUGACUAUUACGAUGAUAUUCUCAUCUCUGAUGAAUUAAGGAAGGUCUUGCUUCUGGAAGAUUCAGACCAUUACGACUUAUUUAGUCAAUUGGAUCGCAAGGAAUUUCUGUUCUGUCUUUUUAAGCAUCUUUGCAUUGGAGGAGCUCUUUGCCAGUUUGAAGAUGUAGUUGGCCCAUACUUAGAAACUACAAAAGCUUUAUAUAAAGACUUGGUGAG